AUGGGCAGAAUAUGCGUCGUGACUGCCUCUGCGAUCUACAUUUUUGAUCAGCGGACUCGGCGUUUUGAUGUGGCCUCUUUACUGAGUGAUCUCCCUCUGUCAAACUGGUACUAUGCAACGGCUGCCAACGCCUGUCUUUCUACGGAAUCAUGCACCUAUACUGAGUCUCCUGUGGAUGAUUCGACUUUUAUGAGAAAGGUACUUGCAACGCUGAACGCACUACCAAGCUUCGGGCAAUCUCCGGCUGCUGUGACUAAAUCAAAGCGACGAUAUGUGGGAUUUCGAGGGGAUUCUCGAAGUCCCCGUGUUGACCAGCCGGUCACCUUUGGACAUCGUAUCAAGUCGUCUGGGUAUGCAGCCCAGUGUAAAAAGUUGCAAAAUAAACUGUGUGCCUAUGCAACCAACCCUGAACCACCCUUUUGCUGGUUGACUUCCGAACGCAUUGAGGCUCAAGACACGCCGAUAUUUUCAAUUUCCUACUCAGUGGCACAAGGGAACGGUGUCUGUUCAGUGUACCGGGCCGACACACUGACUAGGACGGGUGACUCAGGGAAGUCCAAGUCCUCGAUGACCCUAGCAGGCCACCAUGGCAUAGUUUCAAGUGUGGAGUGGUCCCUCAACGGUCGUUUUAUCUUGACCUCCUCGACGGAUAAAAGCGCACGCCUGUGGACCGCGAAUGGAGGCGCUCUCCGACUUAUCGUUUCAUCACCAUCUGGUGGUUGUGCCAAUGGUUUGGGGCACCCAGUUCACACUGCCUCAGUCACCUCCGCAGCGUCAAAGGUCCCCUCUGAGUUCGCUGAUCAUGUUCAAUUUGGGAGGUUUCAUCUUCAAGACAGUCUCUUCCACGUUACCUGUCGCAAUGAACUGUUCUUUUUCACCUUCAAGGUCGACACAAAUGUCGAUAUUCUCCAAAAGUGUCACAUUGUCGCAUCAUACAAGCCAGUGACAAAGUUUGAUUUCGAAGAGUGCACCAGACUUACGGCCGUAUCGUCUACAAAUCUCUUCUACUCAUAUCUUCUAGCAGCUGUUGGAUCCGAUCGUUGUUUGUACAUUUUGGAUAUCAAUCAUGGUGCGUUUGUGCGAAAAAUGCCUGCGAUUCAUAUGACCACAGUUACGGGUAUCGCCAUAAAUGAGGGUUCAUUGUACUCGUCUUUCGGCUCAGAGGUAUCGUCUGACAAUCCGGUAGCCUUUUGCAGUGGUGCAGCCAGCGCGUAUAGUCUUUUUGCAACCGUUGCUCCUGGCGACAGCGUACGCCUGUGGGAUCUGCGUGUGGAGAGCGGUCACGUAGCCGAAUUGGCUCGAUGCCACAGUGCUAACACCACCGACCAAACCCCCAGCCUCGCACGGGGAGGAGCCGUGCGCGACUCUGCCGUGCCCCCUGUCUCUCUGACUUUCUCCCCCUGUGGGCGAUACGUGUGCUUCGGGGCUCUUUACUCGAGAAGCGGCGUCGAUCACUUGGUUCCUACUGUGGUCGAUAUUCGUCAGACCUGCAACCCCGUCGCUUAUCUGAGGCCCCUGCAUCGCAGACUCAAUGCCAGUAACCCCACCACAGUUGUGGCGUGGAGUCCAAUACGGCCUGAGUCGCCCGGCACGGGGUCUGUGCCGCCGGUCCCCUUCUCGCACCAGGUGCUUGCUUUGCGCAACCGAAAUUUUGUUUCCACGCCUCAUGUGAUGUGUGGUGUCACUGGUUAA